GAUUGGAUGGAUAUUGAGAAGGGGAGGGGCCCUGUUUUUUUGUUUUUGUUUUAACAUCCCUGGAUGAAUUCAGAGGAAGACGUUUUCAAGCCUGUGAUGCAUGUUUCAGAUGGGCUGGACAUUACAAAUGUUAAUAGGCUCAGCUGGGUGCUGAAAAAAAAAACCACCAAAGGGAAAUUGCACCAUCACCAAGCAGUAGUUGAAGACAGAAAACUGGCAUUCAGGAAAGGACAGCAAGGUGAAGAAAAGUUAUCUAGGUAGGGAUAAGGAACCAGAGCAUGAGGGGACUCUGAUGAUAAUGGUAGUUUGACAAGGUUAUCUGUUCAAAACUGUUCAAAACUAUCUUCAAGUCUGAUGAUCUCAAGGUUUUGACUAGGAAUGCCUGCAUCAAAUGAUCAGCUUCUGGGAACCUGUUCCACCAGUGCAGGAGAAACAGUUAGAGCAAUAGAAAACUGGACGUCUGAAUUUCAGCUUUCAUAGAACUGCAAGCAGCUCGACACAGCCCAUCAUACUUAAGGAAGAAGUGGAAGGAGAUGAUCAAGAUGGGAGAUACAGAAAUGGCAAUGCUGACAUGAGGCAUAGGUAAUUCAUCGUUCAUUUUUUUUUAUUUUUUUAUUUAACCUUUCUUGGUCCCGGGAACACCAGAUUUCAUAAGAGACCAGAAAAAGGAAAAUACAACAUUAUUUGAAAGUUAUUUGUGUGUUUAUUUUAUUUUAAAAUGGACCAAACUCUGUUCAAAGUUCUAUUGAGCUUACUCUGGAAUUACUGGCUUUUAAUGGAUUAUGCUAAGGCAGGCAUGGGGAACAACCAUGUCCACUCCAGUUUUAUUUAUCGGAGAUUGCGGAACCAUGAGAGGCGAGAGAUCCAAAGAGAAAUUCUUUCCAUCCUGGGUUUACCUCAUAGACCCCGGCCAUUUUCAGCUGGAAAACAAGCUUCCUCAGCACCUCUCUUCAUGCUGGAUCUCUACAACGCAAUGACAAAUGAAGAGGAUCCCGAAGAGUUGGAAUAUUUGGUGAAGGGAUCCCCAAGCGGAGAGGGCAAAGGGCUACGGAAAGGCUACUUGGCAUCUCCAAAUGGAUAUUCCCGAAGAAUAUACAUAUCACGGACAAGUUCACUUCCUACACAAAAUCCCACCUUAGCUAGCUUGCACGACACCAACUUUCUGAAUGAUGCAGAUAUGGUCAUGAGUUUUGUCAAUUUAGUGGAAAGAGACAAGGAUUUUUCUCACCAACGACGUCACUACAAAGAAUUCCGAUUUGAUUUGACUCAGAUCCCUCGCGGAGAAGCAGUGACAGCAGCAGAAUUUCGGAUUUACAAGGAUCGAAGUUACAGUCGAUUUGAGAAUGAAACAAUUAAGAUUAGCAUUUAUCAGAUCAUCAAGGAAUAUCCAAACAGGGAUGCGGACCUGUUCCUAUUAGAUACAAAACGAGCUCAAGCUCCUCAUAUUGGCUGGCUUGUGUUUGAUAUCACUGUAACCAGCAACCACUGGGUGAUUGACCCACAGAAUAAUUUAGGGUUGCAGCUCUGUGCAGAGAUGGCAGAUGGUCGUAGUAUCAGUGUGAAAGCAGCUGGUCUUAUAGGCAGGCAUGGUCCGCAGUCAAAGCAACCAUUCAUGGUUGCCUUCUUUAAAGCAAGCGAAGUCCUUUUUCGAUCUGUCCGAGCUGCCAACCCUAAGAAAAAAAAUCAGAAUCGCAGCAAGUCCAGUAGCUCACAAAAUACUUCACGAAUGUCAGGAGUUGCAGAUUAUAACACAAGUGAACAGAAGCAAGCCUGCAGAAAACACGAACUCUACGUGAGCUUUCGAGACCUUGGGUGGCAGGAUUGGAUUAUAGCUCCAGAGGGUUAUGCUGCAUUUUAUUGUGAUGGAGAAUGUUCAUUUCCUCUCAAUGCUCACAUGAACGCCACAAAUCAUGCCAUAGUACAGACACUGGUCCACUUAAUGUUUCCGGAUCAUGUCCCAAAGCCUUGUUGUGCUCCAACCAAACUGAAUGCCAUCUCUGUCCUCUAUUUUGAUGACAGUUCCAAUGUUAUUUUGAAAAAGUACAGGAACAUGGUGGUACGAUCGUGCGGAUGCCACUAGGAUUCAAUUGCAAAACAGAGCAUUGCAAAGUGGAAAUUAUCCAGUUAUUCUUUUCUGUUUCUUUUUUUGGCAUAGAGGAAUUGGAACGACCAUUUCACAACAUUUCUCCAAGAAGAGGAUCAGUUCAUUCUGACAGAAUUCUAGGGCUGAAGUUCUUCCUCUAUGGUGUCCAUCAUACCAAAAACUGGACUGCAACUGGGUUCUUGCCAUUCCCCCCCCAUACUCUAGGUACGGCUUCGUUCGUAAGCAUCUUGGGAAGGAAAUGUGGCUGUUGCAAAGAUCAAGAAAAGCAUAAAAAAACAUUAAGAGAAACCUCUGCAAAGAAGAUUUAUUUAGGGAGAUAAGAAAAUUAAAAGACAAAAAAAAAAAAAGAUACAAAAAAAUUUAGAUUCUAGCUGUAAAAUGUAGAGUAAGGCCAAGAGUUUCUUUUUUGUUUUUUUUAAUGGAGAAAAUAAGAAUAUUAGAUAACUUAAUCCCACUGAUGUCACAUCUCUUCUCAUGUACAGUAUAAUGUACAUAGUAGCUUUUAUUUAUUUAAAGGUAUAUCUUUUCUUUUAUAUGAAUGUCAUUUCAAAUGCUUUAUUAUAUAGGUUUAUAUAUAAAUAGUAGAACAUUGAAAGCAAAUUUUGGUACCCAUACUGAGAUUUAUUUCAUUUUAUAAAAUAAAGCUUUUGUAUACUCUCUCUACUCUCCCUCCCUUACCUCCUUCCUCUCAAGGUAAAAAAUCCAGAACUCCUGUGACUAUUUUAUAUUGUUAAAGGAAAUUGAAUACAUUUGUCUACAUUGUGCCAACGAAAACUUUGGCUGGCUAUUUAUUUAGAGUAAGCACUGAGAACAUUUUUUUUUAAAUGCUUAGCUAAACACAAUUUUCCUUUUAGAAGUUCUGCCCCAUUAGGUAAAGUAAGUUGAACUGUGUUUAAAUAAACAAAUGGUAGCUAAAUGCAGUGGGCUGAAAGAUUGCGCACAAUUGUUGGGGCUGUUUUCUCUAGAAUAAUAGUAUAACUGUAGGAACCAUAAUCUCCUUCCCUUUGCUUGUGGGUUGCAGCUCUUCCUGGAGGUAUGAAACUUUGGGCAUUCUGCCAGUUGCCCGUGCCCAAAAUUUAGUUCUGACUUUGUGCGAUGGGGGAGAGGAGAGGGGAAAUAGUGUACAACCUUCUUACCUCAGGUAGAUGUGAUUGAUCCAUCAUCUCUAACAUGGCUGCAAAAUGUGUGGUUCUUAGACUGAAACCAGCAUAUGAACCAGCCUCCUCUCUAAGCAAGAGAUCAUGAGAUGGAAAUGCAUUCGAUUUCCAAAGGGCAUUAUGGAAUUUAAGCAAACAUUCCAUUAACCUAUUCCAUGAACAUUACUACUCUAUCCAUAUCUCCUCAGAAGUUCCAUGGGAUCUGCUGCUGGAUACAGUUGAGCUUGCCUGAAAACAGAGGGCACAGUUACUUGGACUUGCACUGUAUUUCUCUUCCUUAAGCAAUAUUUAAUAAAACUGUUAUGGUAUAACGAAGCAUGGAAUAAUGUGCUCAGCUGUUUAUCACAUUUAAUAAAAUUCAGAUGGUGUGGAUUAGAGGAAAUACAGAAUAAUGUGCUCAGGUGUUAUGACACGUUAGAGAAAUGAAUUUAUCUCUCUUUAACAGGGUUAAAAUCUUGAUGUAGGUUUGUAAUUUUGUUACAUUAAAUCUGUUGAAAUAUUAUACUCUUGUGCUUUAGAGAGACAUCAGGCAUGCAUUGCCUUUGAUUCUGUUUAAUUUGUCCAUGAAGUUGCCAAAAACACAGCUUGAUGUGAGGAGACUUUUAUCCUAAUUUGUCAAAACUUUAAUUAAACUGUAGUACACAUAUUCCUGCGGUACAUGUGGCCACUCAAUGUCACCUUGAAUCCCAAGAUGAGUGGCUUAUAAAUUUGAUAAACAAACAAACAAAUAAAUAAAUCCCUACAGGUAUCUCCUACAAACUGCUGUUUUGUCAGCCCUCCCAAGUAAAUUAGAUAGGAAACAAGAGUAUAUUCUACUGUAAUUAAUCCAAUCAAUUCUACUCUAUUGUAAGUCUACUUUAACAGAAUCUUGCAAAUCUGAAGGUAUAAACUUCCCACUGGCUCUUUUAACUGCUUGAUCCAUUAGGGCGGAUCCUUCCUAAGUUUCUUUCUCUGACCAUUAAGCCACUGGAGGCUCCUGCCUCUCUUAUCUAAUUGUUUCCUAGGCAGCAUCUCUUCUCCUCUUAAUGUCAUUCACACAUACCAUUACAUGCUUUAAGAAAUGUUUAAAAUUAAUUUGGGAAUUGGUUAGAAAGAAAACGCAUUUGUUUAAGACUUAAAUAGAAGAUUAUGGUAUUUGGAGCUGAAUUUAUGUUAAAUAAAGGUUGAAGUGUAUUUUGGGGGUACAUUAAAUAAUAUAUUUUGGAAUAAAGGUGUACCAUUUUAAGUACAUGAAAUGGAAGAUUAUAUUAUGUUCUGUUGAAAUA